AUUUUUUUUUUACAAGACUUGAAACAUAAAACGGUUAAAAUUUCUUAAUAUAUAAGUGUAAUUUAAUAAAUUAAUAAUAUAUUUAUGGCGAAACCGACCUAACCGACCUAAACUCGUUGGAUUUUUCAAGGCAUGCCCGCUGGGAAUUUUUUUUUUUUCGAAAUGUGAAUUUUUGCCAUACCUAUAAAUAACUCUCUUUGAUUUCUCAAAUAUUUUAUUCAAUCUCUCUCUGCAUACAUUCAGUAACACCAUGGAACCUAUCGUAGGUAAACCAAGUCUCUGGAGCGAUAUUCUGGUGCGAGUGGUCUCAUUUGGCAUUCUCAUAAUUCUCGCUCGAUCCGCUUUCAUCGUUAGCGAUUCCGCCGACUUCUGCUUCUUCUCCGACACGGUCAGAGUCUCCGAUCCCUCCCCCGCAACCUCCGUCGCACACCUCCAGAAUUACUUUUCGUCGGUCUUCCAAGAUUUGAUCGCCGAAGGCUUCCUCUCGCCGGACUCCAAGGCUCUCUGCAUCGAAACCCUAACCGGCCAAGACGUCGAAGCUCUGCGGGAAAUCGGAGUCGUUGACUCCAUCGGAAUUUCCAAGAAACCUUCCCCGCCGUUCGUCGUCUCCGGCCGUUCCGUUCGCCAUCCAUUCCACGAUAACACCUUCGAUUUCGAGUUUUCCGGCAAUGCAAGUCUGGACCGGUCGGCUCAUCCGGCCGAGUUCGCUUCCGAGGUAUCGAGGACGCUCAAACCGGGAGGCUUCUUCGUCGUCCACACACUGUCCAAAGACCUGUACAGUCUCAACUCAUUGCUUGAUUUGUUCAAUUCUUGCACAUUGAUUAGGGCACGCGAUAUCGACGGUUUCGAUUCAUCGAUGCCGUCGAUUCGCGAGAUUGUUCUGAAGAAGGAAAAUGAAAUUCUUGGCCAUGGCAAGAAAAAGAAGCAAGCUUUGAAUGCCAAUUCGGUGAAUAGAUGCUCUGUUCAGGGGUAUAAACAGGAAUUGACACGGAAUGCUGAGCCUUUGAUCACACCAGAGCCAUUAAAGCCUUGGAUUACAUUGAAAAGGAAUGUAAAGAACAUUAGGUAUCUUUCUUCAAUGGUGGAUAUUGGUUUUAAGUCCAAGUAUGUAUAUAUUGAUGUUGGAGCUAGGAAUUAUGGUUCAAGCAUUGGGAGUUGGUUUAAUAAACAGUACCCAAAACAGAACAAAACCUUUGACAUUUAUGCAAUUGAGGCCGACAAGGCGUUCCACGCAGAGUAUAGUAUGAAGAAAGGAGUAAAUCUUUUGCCUUAUGCUGCAUGGGUGAGGAAUGAGACUCUGUUUUUUGAAAUUAAUCGCGAACCAAGUCGAAAAAAUGAGGAGAGAGGUAGAGGAAUGGGUAGGAUUCAAGCUGCGCAGUCCUCCAGUAAUUUUGUGGGUGAUCUGGAUAGGAUUGUGGGAUUUGAUUUUGCGAAUUGGUUGAAGAACACAGUGUCGGAGAGAGAUUUCGUGGUGAUGAAAAUGGAUGUGGAAGGGACUGAAUUUCAUUUGAUUCCGAGGUUGGUGGAAACCGGAGCAAUUUGUUUGAUCGAUGAGUUGUUUAUUGAAUGCCAUUACAGUAGAUGGCAGAGAUGUUGCCCCGGGGAGAGGAGCUCAAAGUAUCAAAAGACAUACGCCCAAUGCUUGGAACUGUUGUCUUCUUUACGAAGGAGGGGAGUUCUUGUGCAUCAAUGGUGGUGAUUGGUAACAGUCAAUUACUUUGACUUACUUUAAUUCUUUCUCAGUGAUGAUUUUAGUUGUUGUUUUUUGGUAGGGAGAAGAUGUUAGUUGUUGCAUUCGAGAAUUUGUCUAUAUAUAUAUUUUUUGUUCUGUACUCAAUUUUUUCAACUUUCCCACCUGCAAAUAGGAAUCCAAUUACAUUUUAUCUGUAUCAUGUGUUUUCUGUUUCUGAAUCUUUUAAUUGUACAUUGUCAAAAUAAUCUGAAUUUUAUUUUCUCAUUAUUUUACA